CAUUCGAAUCUAAAGUAGCCACAAACACAAUCGAUAAGAAUCGAAUAUUUUAUAUUGUCUUUCCUCUUUUCCCUAGUACUGAGUAGCGAGUGACAGACAGUGUAUCCAAAAAGAUGGAUGUCGAGAAAGCGAAUCACAAGAGAAACAGAAACAGGACUUGUUGCUGUGUAGGCACAACAAUCUGUAUCAUCAUCGCCAUAGUAAUCCUCAUACUCAUAUUAGCACUCACUGUCUUCAAGGCCAAGCGCCCCGUGAUCUCCUACGACCACAUGAGCAUCGAAGACCUCGAUGUCUCUUUCGAUAUAACCAAAUUCAAGGUGCACCUCAACGUCACUCUCGAUAUCGAUCUCUCCGUCAAGAACCCAAACAAGGCCGGUUUCAAGUACUCCAACUCCACCGCCUUUCUCAACUACCGGGGCCAGCUCGUCGGCGAAGUCCCCAUUCCCGCCGAUCAAAUCUCCGCCGGCGAGACCAAACCCAUGAACGUCUCGCUCACGCUCAUGGCGGACCGUUUGCUUUCCAACUCCGACUUGUAUUCCGAUGUGAAAUCUGGUGUGUUGGCACUCAACAGCAACGUCAGAAUUUCUGGGAAAGUCAAAAUCUUGGGUUUAAAGAUUCACGCUGUUUCGACCUCGUCCUGUGAUUUCUCUGUCUUUGUAUCCAAUCAAACUAUUAGAGAUCAAACCUGCAAGUAUAAGACACAAUUUUAAUAAUUCCUAUACUUCCUAGCAAGUACUACAAGUACAACUACUACUUUCCCUGUUUACAUUUUUUGUUCCAUCUGUAAUUUAUUUUUAUUUAUAUUUUUUUGGGGAUUAAAGAAUUUUAUUUAUUUCA